UGGGAGAGAGGGUUGCUUGCCUGCUGGCUGUUGAUCCCCGCGUUGUUCAGUUCUGCUUCGCGGUCCGUCGCGCGUAGUUCGCUGCUGGUUUGGCCAUUCCCUAUCUAAGUAGACUGUUGUUAAUCAUCAAAGUUGCGCGGGUGUUUCGACUCAAGUCAGUAACUGCCAGUAGGAAAGCUCGGAACAAAGAAAUAGAAACGGAAGUUUGUUGUUGUUGUUCUGUCCAUAAGUGAACAGUUGUGCUUUCCGAUCGAUAUACAGCACAUUGUGAAAUAGUGUUUCAGAUACUCUGUAAGAUUGCAACUGUUUGUCGUUAUCGGGAGGAUUAAACUUGCGCUACUGAACAGAAUUAUCAAUCUUUCUAAAACCAAAAAGAUUGAGUAGUAACAUUCCAUCACAAGCAACACCUGUAAGAAACCAGCAAAAUGACGACCACCCGGGUGAUUAUGAGCUUUCCCUGGUCGAACAGUAGCAGCGGUAGCGACAAGGGCAAGGGAGAUUUCUUCCAGGACACUGGCGUCACGGACGCAGUGAUGACGGUAGCCCGCAAGGAACUACGCGAGGACAAAGCGAUUCGCGAGCAAUCUCUGCAGCAAAUGCGUGACUGGAUCCGACAGAAUCAGGACAUCGAAAACGUGCGCACCGAUGAUCUGUUUCUUUUGCGUUUUUUGCGUACCAAGAAAUUCAGUGUGUUCAUGGCUGAACAAAUGCUGCUGAAAUAUUUGAACAUGCGUAAAACCCAUAUGCAUUUGCUGUACGAUUUGGACUUUUUGUCCCCGAAGCUGAACAAGUUGAUCAACAACGGUUAUAUGUUAGCCUCGCCGGUACGGGAUAAACACGGCAGACGUUUGAUCAUCGGAUUCGCAAGAUUCUUUAACCCGAACGAGAAUGACAGUACUGAAAUGUCCCGGGUGCAUUCCAUCACGUAUGAAACGCUCAUGGAUGAUCCCCAAAACCAAAUUAUGGGAAUCGUUCAUGUUGGGGAUUUCAAAGGCAUUACAACGGCACAUGUUUCCUGCUGGAAUCCAACUGACUUCCUUCGCAUGAUGAAAUGGGGCGAACAGUCGAUACCGAUGCGUCACAAGGAGGUCCAUUUUGUCCACGUUCCGGCGGCAGUGAAGUACGUUAUCGAAGCGGGAAAAUCGAUGAUUAGUAAAAAAAUGAAGGACCGACUUCAGGUUCACGUUACAGUUCACGAUCUAUGCAAAAAGGUCGAUCCAGCCUGUUUACCGAAGGAGCUGGGUGGCAAGAUACCGCUGGUGGACAUGAUUGACAGCUGGAAACAGGAACUGGCGGCCAAACGAAGCGCACUGCUGGCUCUGGACAAGAUGAACAUUCUGAGCGACCGAGGAAUUAUCUCCCGAAAUUCCGAUCGCAAUAACAGCAGUAAUGCACAGUCCCUCGGUAUGGAGUCCAUAACCGGUAGCUUCCGGAAGUUAGAGGUGGACUAGGGUAACAGCAAUGAUGCGUUCACUAUUACGAUUCUAGGCUUAUUACGUGAAACCAUAGUAUUUAAGUGAAUGUGAGUGAGCUCAACAGGAAAACCAAUGAUUUUUAUCAAUAGUUUAACGACAUAAUUAUUCAUAUUUAGUUGUACGAUCAAUGAGAGUGAAAUGGAAAUAUAUACUAAUUUAAGGGA